AUGGCAAGGCUCUCGUUAUCUUCAGCUGCUUGUUUUCUUCUCCUCACCUUUGUAUUUGCUAUAGAAGCUUCACAUGCUGGUGGUGAAGGAUCACUCAAACCCGAAGAGUGUGCAGGGGCUUGCGAUUACAGGUGCUCCGCAACUUCACACAGAAAGCCAUGCUUAUUCUUCUGCAACAAGUGUUGCCAAAAGUGUUUGUGUGUUCCUUCUGGCACUUACGGAAAUAAAGAAGAAUGUCCUUGCUACAACAACUGGAAAACUAAAGAAGGUGGACCUAAGUGUCCAUGA